AUGGAUUUAGUUAAUCAUUUACCUGACAGAUUAUUAUUUGCGGUUCCUAAAAAAGGAAGAUUAUAUGAAAAAUGUUGUAAUUUAUUAUCAGGAGCUGAUAUUCAAUUUAGAAGAUCAAAUAGAUUAGAUAUUGCCCUUUCUACAAAUUUACCAAUUGCGUUAAUUUUUUUACCAGCUGCUGAUAUACCUGUUUUUGUUGGUGAAGGUAAUUGUGAUUUAGGAAUUACGGGAUUAGAUCAAAUUAAAGAAGCAGAUCAAUUUAAUAAUAUUGAAUCAUUAUUAGAUUUAAAAUUUGGUUCAUGUAAAUUACAAAUUCAAGUACCUGCAACUGGAGAAAUUAAUGAAAGUAAACAAUUGAUAGGUAAAAAAAUUGUAUCUAGUUUUACUAAAUUAUCAACUGAUUAUUUUAAAGAAUUAGGUGAUUCUAAUCCUAAUAUUAGAUAUGUUGGAGGAUCAGUUGAAGCUUCUUGUGCUUUAGGAGUUGCUGAUGCUAUUGUCGAUUUAGUUGAAAGUGGAGAGACUAUGAAAGCAGCAGGUUUAAAAGCUAUAGAUACAAUUUUAGAAACUUCAGCACAUUUAAUAUCUUCAAAAACACCAAAAUUCCCAGAUUUAGUUAAAACUAUAAGACAAAGAAUUGAAGGGGUAUUAGCGGCACAAGAAUAUGUAUUAUGUAAUUAUAAUGCACCAAAAUCAAUUUUAUCAAAUUGUUUAAAUAUUACACCUGGUAGACGUGCAGCUACAGUUUCAACAUUAGAUAAACAUUCACCAGAAGAGGAAGAUUGGGUAGCUAUUUCAUCCAUGGUUAAACGUAAAGAAAUUGGAAAUGUAAUGGAUGAAUUAAAGAAACAAGGAGCAAGUGAUAUAUUAGUAUUAGAAAUAUCAAAUUGUAGAGUGUAA